UUGUAGGGGCUGUGUCGUUGUUGAGGGGACUUGACGGGUUUGGACUUGCGGUAUUUUCGCACUCGCUAACAGGUCAAAAUGCAAAUCUUCGUAAAGACCCUGACUGGCAAGACCAUCACCCUAGAGGUGGAGCCCAGUGACACCAUUGAGAAUGUUAAAGCCAAGAUCCAGGAUAAGGAAGGCAUCCCUCCUGACCAGCAGAGGCUCAUCUUUGCAGGCAAGCAGCUGGAAGAGGGCUGCAUUCUUUCUGACUACAACAUCCAGAAAGAGUCCACCCUGCACCUGGUCCUGCGUCUGAGGGGUGGUAUGCAGAUCUUCGUGAAGACCCUGACCGGAAAGACCAUCACCCUGGAGGUGGAGCCCAGUGAUACCAUUGAGAAUGUGAAGGCCAAGAUCCAGGAUAAGGAAGGCAUCCCUCCUGACCAGCAGAGGCUCAUCUUUGCAGGCAAGCAGCUGGAAGAUGGCUGCACUCUUUCUGACUACAACAUCCAGAAAGAGUCCACCCUGUACCUGGUCCUGCGUCUGAGGGGUGGCUGUUAAUUCUUCAGUUUUGCAUUCAUAGUGCCAGUGAUGGCACUGCUCUGCAUUCUAGCCAUUUGCCCCAAUUUAAGUUUAGAAAUUACCAGUUCAGUAAUAACUGAAUCUGUUCAAAAUGUUAAUAAAAGUUUUGUUUCAUGGUAAAAAAAAAAAAA